AUGUUAAAAGUCGCAUUACGCAAUAAUCAUUCGUUGUAUCAAAUUUCAAGUCACUCUCUUGUGCGUCAUUCUUCACAUGGAUCGGCAACAACACAGCAACAAAGUGGACCAGGACAUUUCGGGUUUUAUCGUCAAGUCGAACUAUUUUACGAUCGUGCUGCGAAGAUUCUCGAAGAUAAAUUAGUCGAUGAUAUGGUUAAAUCAAAACUAUCCGACGACAUGAAACGCAAAAAGGUGCGAGGAAUAUUGAAAAUCAUCAAACCCUGUAAUCACGUCUUGGAAAUACGUUUUCCUGUGCGUAGAGAUAACGGAGAACUCCAUAUUAUCGAGGCAUAUCGUGCUCAGCAUUCUCAACAUCGAACACCAUGCAAAGGUGGUAUUCGAUAUUCUAUGGAUGUCAAUCUCGAUGAAGUCAAAGCCCUGGCCGCCCUCAUGACGUAUAAAUGCGCCUGUGUAGAUGUUCCAUUCGGUGGUGGUAAAGCCGGUGUCAAAAUCAAUCCUAAAGAGUGGUCGGAAGCUGAAUUGGAACGUAUUACACGACGAUUAACUGUGGAAUUAGCAAAGAAGGGUUUCAUUGGACCUGGUAUCGAUGUUCCUGCACCAGAUAUGGGUACUGGUGAGCGUGAAAUGGCAUGGAUUGCUGAUACCUAUGCAUCAACAGUUGGUUGGGAGGACAUUCAUGCUAAUGGUUGUGUCACCGGCAAGCCGAUUUUGGUUGGAGGUAUUCAUGGUCGAACAUCAGCUACCGGUCGAGGUCUUUAUCAUGGUGUGGACAACUUUAUUAACGAAGCUUCAUAUAUGGGAACUGUUGGUCUUCUACCUGGUCUUGCUGGCAAAACGUUCAUUGUACAAGGUUUUGGUAAUGUCGGCCUUCAUUCGACGCGCUACUUAACUAGACAUGGUGCAAAAUGCAUCGGCGUACUAGAAUGGGAUGCUGCAAUUGUCAAUCCAGAAGGCAUCGAUCCCAAAGAAUUAGAAGAUUACAAACUAGAACGUGGAACAAUUAAAGGCUUCCCCGGAGCAAAACCUUAUGAUAAGCAACCGAAAGAAGAAUUGCUUUGCGAAGAAUGUGAUAUUCUUGUGCCAGCUGCAAGUGAACGACAAAUCACAUCAGAAAAUGCAGGUCGUAUCAAAGCUCGAAUUAUUGCCGAAGGUGCUAAUGGCCCAACGACACCAGAAGCUGAUGUUAUUCUUAUGAAAAACAAUGUUCUUGUCAUUCCAGAUUUAUAUAUCAAUGCUGGCGGUGUCACUGUUUCGUAUUUUGAAUGGCUGAAGAAUUUGAGUCACGUUAGUUAUGGCCGAUUAACAUUUAAAUAUCAACGUGAUACAAACUAUGCUCUACUUGAUUCCGUACAGAGGUCAUUAGAAUCGAAAUUUGGGCGAACGGGUGGAAAGAUUCCAAUUGUUCCUAGUGAAAACUUCUUCAAACGUAUGGCAGGUGCUUCCGAGAAAGACAUCGUACAUUCUGGUCUCGAACAAACAAUGGAAAAAUCAGCGCGAGCAAUUAUGCAGACAGCCACGCGUUAUGAUCUCGGUCUCGAUAUCCGUACAGCCGCUUAUGUAAAUGCGAUUGAGAAGAUUUAUAAAGUUUACGUUAGUGCUGGUAUCACAUUUGGAUCAUAA